AUGAAAGAUGAUGAAGCACAUGCACUUGAAGCAUUCAGGCCUCAUAUUCCUUAUUCCUCUAAUCCAACUCAUGCUCGACUUGGACGAUUACUCCUUGAGAAGGCUAAGGUUGGUUUCUGUUACUUGAAUCGUGUCGAUUUUGCAUUUUCAUUAUUGGCUGGAAUCAUCAGGCACGGUUUUGUGCCAAAUGUGGUUACUUAUACCACUCUCAUCAGGGGACUUAUUUCCCAAGAUAUGCCUCAUGAGGCUCAGCUUUUGUCAGUCGAUCAAGCAUUGGGUCUUUUCUACCAAAUGAAUAAGAAAGGGAUAUCUCCGGAUGUUAUAACCUACAACUCAUUAAUUCAAGGGUUGUGUGACUUAAUGAAUAAGACAUACACAAUGAUGAUCCAAGCAUAUUGUCAUGAAGGGUUAUUCCAGGAAGCGAAUGAACUAUUCUGGGAAAUGGAAGCAAAUGAUUGCUUGCCGGAUAAUGUAACCUACAAUACACUUAUGCGCGGUUAUUUACACAAUAAGAAGUACUAUGAAGCAGGUGUACUCCUGGAUGAAAUGCGUAGUCGCGGCUUUGAAGUAGAUGCAUCUACCGCAUCUGCUUUACUGGAUUUACUUGAAGUGCAAGAACAGGAUCCUGCUCUCCUUGCUUUGCGCAAGAAGUACUUGCCGUAG